CAUGGAGCCCGUGCUUGUGGAGGUUAUGUUAUUCAAUACCCAUUACAUAGACAAAACAUAAAGUACCCAGUAUUCAUCCAAGUUGCAUUUAAAGAAUUCAUAAUGAAAAUAAAACCAAAAAUUAGUUGGUUUUUAACACCAACCGGUCGAAAUUUUAGCCUAGCAGCAAUUACUACAGCAUCUGUGUCCUGUGUGGCAGCUAAGUUUUUACCUCAUACUAUUUUCCUAGAUAAAUAUCAAGAAAUAGUAACAUCUUACAGGGAUGGUUUACCUCUACCCGUAUCUCCUGGUGUUCAAGAUCGAUUUAAAAAAGUUCUUCAAGUUUUAAAGAUACCAGAACGUGAUGAAAAAUUUUUAAAACCGUUUACAGUAUUCGGUUUUGAUAUAUUUAAUGCAGGAACUGUUUACAGCAAAUGGGGUGCUAUAAUUGGAAUACCUGAAAGUUUUUCAUACAUCUCCAAAGAUACGAUUGAUAAAAGAAGAAUAGAGAUAAACAAUGAACCAGUCGAUUGGACAUCCGAACCAGCACAAAACUUACUAAAUGCGUUGGUUUUAUCAGAAAAUGCACAAAUGUAUGCAUUAGCCAGAGAAGUAGAAGAAAAGAGAUCAUUUAAAAUACUACUAGACACAUCAUAUCCUCCGUUAAUUAUAUUCGCAAUGUAUUCACUUGGUCAAUAUUACAAUAAUAAAUUAAAUUUUUAUAAUAGACCUCGAUCAUUACGUGUUAUGUUCUAUUCGUUAUUAACUUUAUUUGGUGUCGGUUUAUAUUGUUUUUUAAAAGAUUUUACUCAAGUACAUUAUGAAACACAAACAGAUAAAAUAUUAACCGACAUAGAUCCAUUGUUUGUAUACGGAGGUUUAGAAUAUUAUCAAAAAAUAAUCGAACGCAAUAAAGCAUUAAGGAAAUUACUUGGUGCACAUGGUCAACAACUAUACAGUGUGCAUGGUAAUGAGAAUUUUUUUAUUCGCCAAAAACGUUUACCAUUAAAUGUAAGAAAAUUGUACUUUGAAACAAAGCUUUCGGAUUUAAAUAAUGUUCAAAAAUAAACUGUAAUUAUAAAUAUUUUAUUUAUU